AUGAAGAACUGCUGGAAAAUCCUAGUUUUCUUCUUUGUAUGGAGUAUCCUGGAACCCUGGGCAUCUGCCACUGUGAAGCGACGCCCAAGGUUCCCUGUCAAUUUGGAUUCUAAUGGUAGAGAUGAACUGUGCCCUAAGAUCAGGAUUGGCCAAGAUGACUUACCAGGGUUUGAUCUGAUUUCUCAGUUCCAGAUAGAUAAAGCAGCAUCAAGAAGAGAUAUCCAGAGGGUAGUGGGAUCAACUGCAUUACAAGUAGCUUACAAGUUGGGAAGUAAUGCAGACUUCAGGAUUCCAACUAGGCAUUUAUAUCCCAGUGGACUGCCUGAAGAAUACUCCUUUUUAACUACUUUUCGGAUGACUGGAAACACACUUGAAAAGAACUGGAACAUUUGGCAGAUUCAAGAUUCCUCAGGGAAGGAGCAGGUUGGCGUGAAGAUUAAUGGCCAAACAAAAUCUGUUACAUUUUCAUAUAAGGGACUGGAUGGAAGUCUCCAAAUAGCAACCUUUUCGAAUUUGCCCUCCUUGUUUGACUCCCAAUGGCAUAAGAUCAUGAUCGGUGUGGAAAGGAGUAGUGUUACUCUUUUUAUUGACUGUAAUAGGAUUGAAUCCUUACCUAUAAAGCCAAGAGGCCAAAUCAAUGUUGAUGGCUUUGCUGUGCUGGGAAAACUUGCAGAUAAUCCUCAAGUUUCUGUUCCGUUUGAACUUCAGUGGAUGCUGAUCCAUUGCGACCCCCUGAGGCCCAGGAGGGAAACCUGUCACGAGCUUCCAGUUAGGACACCGCCCAGACAGACCACCGAGUAGAGAGGACCCCCGGGAGUCCAAGGCCCCCCCGGGCCUCCAGGGCCCCCAGGAGUUCCGGGCAUCGACGGCAUCGAUGGUGAUCGAGGUCCAAAGGGUCCCCCAGGCCCCCCGGGUCUCGCUGGAGAACCAGGAAAGCCAGGAGCCCCAGGCAAACCCGGCACACCAGGGGCAGACGGAUUAACAGGACCUGAUGGAUCUCCUGGCUCUGUUGGACCAAGGGGACAGAAAGGAGAGCCUGGUGUGCCAGGAUCUCGUGGAUUUCCAGGCCGUGGUAUUCCUGGACCCCCUGGUCCUCCUGGGGCAGCAGGACUCCCUGGAGAGCUUGGCCGAGUUGGAUCAAUUGGUGACCCUGGGAGAAAAGGACCACCUGGCCCCCCUGGCCCUCCAGGACCCAGUGGAACAAUUGGACUUCAUGAUGGAGAUCCAUUGUGUCCCAAUUCCUGCCCACCAGGUCGUUCAGGAUACCCAGGUCUACCAGGCAUGAGGGGUCAUAAAGGUGCAAAAGGAGAAAUCGGGGAACCAGGAAGACAAGGUCAUAAGGGUGAAGAAGGUGACCAGGGAGAACUGGGAGAAGUUGGAGCUCAAGGACCUCCGGGAGCUCAAGGUCUGAGAGGCAUCACUGGCAUAGUUGGUGCCAAAGGAGAAAAAGGUGCUCGGGGCUUAGAUGGUGAACCUGGGCCCCAGGGUCUUCCUGGUGCACCUGGUGACCAAGGACGGCAUGGACCUCUAGGAGAAACAGGUCCCAAGGGAGAUAGAGGGGCUCAAGGUUCCAGAGGGAUUCCUGGCCUCCCUGGGCCCAAAGGAGACACGGGCUUGCCAGGUGUGGAUGGCCGUGAUGGGAUACCUGGGAUGCCAGGAACAAAGGGUGAGCCAGGAAAACAUGGGCCUCCUGGUGAUGUAGGAUUGCAGGGGUUACCUGGUGUUCCUGGAAUUCCCGGUGCAAAGGGCAUUGCUGGUGAAAAGGGUAACACAGGUGCUCCAGGAAAGCCUGGUCAAUUGGGAAAUUCAGGCAAACCGGGCCAACAGGGGCAACCAGGAGAGGUGGGACCCAGAGGACCCCGGGGGAUUCCUGGAAGUAGAGGAGAGAUAGGACCAGUAGGACCCCCUGGCAUACCAGGUAAACUGGGUUCUCUUGGUAGCCCUGGCCUCCCUGGCUUGCCUGGUCCCCCUGGACUUCCUGGAAUGAAAGGUGACAGGGGUGUAGUUGGUGAGCCUGGUCCAAAGGGUGAACGGGGUGCCUCUGGUGAAGAAGGUGAAGCAGGAGAAAGGGGUGAUCUUGUUAAGAUGUUUCUUAAAGAACCUAACAAAAGACUCCUCAAGGUUGUAGCCAAAGACAGUUAA